GACCGGAUCUACAUACUCGGUACGCGUACUCCGUGCAAUGCUCGACCAUGUCUCUGUCACGCUUCGGCUUUGUUCUGCCUUGCUCUGCCUUGCAUCGCCGCCUUUGCUGGCCGCUCUCGUCAUCGACAUUGCCCGUCUCCAGCCCAUCACCAUCCUAAUUCUUACCAUAAUCCUAAACACCUCAACCGUUCUCCGCUUUCAUCAUUCGUCGUCCAUCAUCUGCCCUCCAUCAGCCUUGCUCCUCUUCCCACGUCCAUCAGCGACGGCGUUACUCCUAAUAGGGGUUUUCCCGUCCAGCCAGCCUUUGAAAGUGCAUUGUCCAUCGGCCACGCCAUGCUGCCCAUGCUGCCCAUGCCUCCAUCCAUCCAACGAAACCGCCUGCCCUGAACAGUGCGGUCCCCAUUCCCACUCCCACUCCCACCUUCAGGGUCCAGGGGCAGACGCCCACUGGCCAACGCGGCAUACAGAGGCAAACCAGGAGACCAGACCAAAAUCCGAAUUUCUCCACUCUACAGUGACAUUCUCUUGACCCUGGGCCAGGGGUUGUUUCCCUGAACCGUUUGGGGCUUUGUGUGUUCCAACGUCUGUCGUCAACCUCGAUGCUUACUUUCGAUGACGAGUCGUGAUUGGGCAUAAUACUGAGUUAUUAUCUGGGCUUGGCAUCUCACUGGCACAUGGAACAGAUUCCAGUGCGUUACUUGCUUGAGGAGGCAGCAGCAGCAAGAUGGAAAGUUAUGCACGGGCGCACACCAUGAUAGGUCGAUGUCCUGGCUCCGUCGCGCAACUGGACACCGCUUUGUUGGAGCCCAGCGAUGAUCUGCACUUGUCACGCGAAAAGCAAGCCCCUCCCCGCCAAAGGAAGGCAACCCUUGAACGAUCUCAUGGGGCUUCUCGAGUCUGGAGGGUCCGUAAUCUACGGGCGGUGACUGUUGAGUGAACUCAAAAUCGUCAUGACGAACUUC